AUGUCUUGCGCCACUGGUCCAGUUUUGCCUGAUGGUCUUUACAGAAUCUGGCAACAGGAACCUACUUCUACCCUUUCCUGCUACUUUCCAGAAGCAGAGUCCCCUGUAGUCCUAUUGCCUCAAGAAGAAGGAGAAGAGGCACCAAAGACACAGAAAUGGGAACUUAAGAACAAUCCAGAUAAUGGCACCGUCACUUUCUGUCAUUGCGACACAGGUCUCUUUCUUUCUUCAAAGGGUGCUGACCAACAUGCGCCCGUUAUUCUAGGCAAUGAAGAACAGGAAUGGGUUUUAGAGGAAGGCAGUAAGAGCGGUCAAUUUUUUAUUCAUCACCCAAGUGGCUCUGAUAAGACGAAUCUCGAUCUGUCCAUGCUGCUUAUUUACCCACCUCGCGUUGUUGUGAUGCAGCGAAGGCCUGAAUCAGAGUGGAGUUUUGAGCCAGCCAACUAG